UUUCUCUCGCAAUGCCCCAAUAUGUUCCUACAUGCUUCAAUUUAUAGUAUUACGUCAUGUAUACUAUAGAUCGGAGCGUAUUGAAGCAAGUAGGAGCAUAGCGACGCCAUCAAACCUCUAGUGCAGAAAUGGUAGAGAACACGCAUGCGCGCCCAGCCGGGCCCAUCUGAGAGCACUGCUUGCCGGUACGCAUCAGUACGCAUCGUUGUCAACAUUGACAGUCACGUUUUUACAUUGCUAUAAAGACAAGUAAAAAAUUACUUUUUUUUAAUGGCUAAAUACUGGACAAAUACUGCUAACGCACUGCAAGAUUUUGCAAGCAUUCUAGCUUGUGGAAAAUGCCAAUCUAAACCAAUAUCUCCUGUAAGACUUACAAAUUGUGGACAUUUCUUCUGUCACAAUUGUAUCAAAAAUGCAACAAAAUGCAUUAUGUGUGAUAUACCAGUACAGCCAAGAGAAAUGAAUCCUGAUUAUUUAGUGUCCAAUCUCAUUCAGAAUUGUGAUAAUAUUGCAGAAAUAAUAAAAAAAAGAGAUACGUGGAACAAUGCUGCAAGUAUAUCUAACAUAUCGUUAGAUAACACAGUAUCUACGGUAGUUAUUACACCAAGAAAGCAAUCUAAUAUACGCAAGAAAAACAUAAAUAAACCAAAUUUCAAAGGAGAAACACUGUUACAUGUUGCUUGUUUAAAAAAAAAUUCUGAAGAAGUUAAACAUCUUUUACUAGCUGGUGCAAAUCCUAAUACAAAAGAUUAUACUGGUUGGACACCAUUGCAAGAAAUGGUCAGUUUUGGUUAUACUGAAAUAUGUAAGUUACUACUGAAUUGUGGAGCGUUGCCUGACAUAUCAGGUUAUAAAUGUAGAAGACCUUUACACGAAGCUGUUAAGUGCAAUAGAAUUGAGGAAGUUAAGUUAUUGUUACAUCAUAAUGCUGACAAAAAUCUGUGCGAUCAAAAUGGAAGAAAACCCAUAGAUUAUUGUAAGUCAGAUGAGAUACGACAGCUUCUGAUGAAUAAUCCACAACCGAUAUCUGAGAAAGUAUCUGACCUUAAUCAAUCGUUAGAUAAAUCAUCGCUAUGUGCAAAACGUGACAAAUUUGUAAUUCUCACAUCAAAUUUGAAACAUGAAAAUCAGAAAUUGCUUGGUCUCAUAGCCGCAAAACAUAAAUUCAAAAUUUUGACCACAUACAGGCCAUCUGUUACACACGUCGUAGUAGAAGCAAAUGAGCUAAACAUUACAAAAUUGACACUUGACGUUUUGUUUGCGAUCGUUAAUGGAAGUUGGCUUCUUAAUAGUGAAUGGAUUCACGUGGCGGAAGAUAUGGAUGAUAUAUCUGACAUGGAUUUUGAAUUAUUCGAAGUAAACGGUGUUCCAACUCAUGGCAUCCCAAAGAAAGCGAGACAGAAUAAAGAGUGCUGCGAUCCACGUCUCUUCAAUAAUUGUUUCUUCUAUUUUGCUUUACAAGCAAAUGUAACUUAUCAGAUUGGCGAUAUACGAUUAACGAAAGAUGAUCUGAUAAGGCUUGUGAAAGAAGGAGAAGGUACAGUGCUUACCAGAAAACCAGAUCCGGAAGACUUGAAACACAUGUCGCAAGUAAUACCUUUCCACGUCGCAAAUGACACGUCUAAUCUUUUGUACAAAUGCACACAUUACGUGAUAUACAUGCCAGCAUGUGUAGAAACAAAAAGGAGAACGACGGAAGAGAGGCUAGAAAGGAGAACGGGACAGUAAAGGAAAGAGGAAGAAGAGCAUAAAUCUGGAGGAAAAUAGAAAAUAAGAACAAGAUCCGGGAAGAGAGUAUAGGAAUCAGAAAAAGUAACAAAUACCGAACGAGACUAGGGCACAGACAAAAGAUUCGAACAUUUCGUAUGUUGAGUUAUUCAAAUAGUUUGGAGCGGAAAAUGAAGGAUCGGAACUGCUCGAUGUUCAAUCGCAAGAUCCCAGACCAUCCAAAAUUUUGCUAAUGAGAGUUUUUCUUUAAAAGUAUACUGCACACGUAAGCACAAGACUUAGA